AUGUCCGCCAUGGAAGACGGCGAGGUGAUGUCCGCGGCCGGCGUGUCUGCGGUUGCGGUGGCGGGUGUGGCCGAGGCGGCUGUAGCCGGGGCAGGGGUAGGGCUCGUCGGGCAGGAGGAAGUCGGGUCGCGGCCCGAGGUCGACUCUGAAGAGCCGCCCAAGAAGAAGACCAAAGUGCCCGAGGGGGAGGCCGGCAAGCUGGAGGAGAGACUGUACUCUGUACUCUGCUGCACCGUGUGCCUAGACUUGCCCAAGGCGUCUGUGUAUCAGUGUACCAACGGUCACCUGAUGUGCGCGGGCUGCUUCAUCCACCUGCUGGCCGAUUCUCGUCUGAAGGAGGAGCAGGCCACCUGUCCCAACUGCAGGUGCGAGAUCAGCAAGAACCUGUGCUGCAGGAACCUAGCGGUGGAGAAGGCGGUCAGUGAGCUGCCCACAGAGUGCACCUUCUGCCUUAAACAGUUCCCCAGGUCCAGCUUAGAGAGACACCAGAAGGACGAGUGCCAGGACAGGGUGACGAUGUGCAAGUAUAAGCGCAUCGGGUGCCCGUGGCAGGGCCCCUUUCACGAGAUGCCGGCCCACGAGGGCGAGUGCUCGCAUCCCACCAAGACAGGCACGGAGCUAAUGGGCAUCCUGGGCGAGAUGGACCAGAACCACCGCAGAGACAUGCAGCUCUACAACAGCAUUUUCAGCCUCCUCUGCUACGAGAAAAUCGGAUUCACAGAGGUACAGUUUCGACCGUACCGCACGGACGACUUCAUCACACGCCUGUACUACGAGACGCCGCGCUUCACCGUGCUCAACCAGACGUGGGUGCUGAAGGCGCGCGUCAAUGACUCGGAGCGGAACCCCAACCUGUCGUGCAAGCGCACGCUCUCUUUCCAGCUCAUCCUCAAGAGCAAGGUGAACUCGGCGCUGGAAUGCUCGUUCCUGCUGCUGAAAGGCCCUUACGACGACGUGCGCAUCAAGCCGGUCAUCCACCACUACGCCUUCAGCAACGACGACAACGAGACGGACUACGUGCUCCUGCCCAUCUGCGACUCUGUGGAGUGCAACAAACUGCUGGCCGCCAAAAACAUCAACCUGCGCCUCUUCAUCUUCCAGGUCCAAAAGUGA